AUGUCGCUAUUUCGAUGCGAAUACGGAGUAUCUCAAACCCAAAGCGAUCGUAAAUUCCCUGUGUGUCCAGUAACAGCACAAGCUGACCGGUUGGUUUGCGUACCGGAGGCUGUGGUGCCCAUAGCCAAAGUCCUCUGCUUGCCCGUUCUAAAAUUCAAGUUCACGACAAUCUGUGCCACAGGCUCAUGGAAGCUCUCAAAAAAGACUGGAUCAAUGUUAUCAUAUCACAAAUAA